GCUGAGAAAAAUACAUUUUUUUUUCAAUUCUUUUGGCAUCUAAAAAUGGCACCAAGAUAUUCUGCCAGCCUGAGAGGUCGCCUGCCAUGGGUACUUCUUCUGUUACAGUCACUUUUUAUACUUGUUUUUAUGGUCUUUUUCCCCCAAGGCUACAAAUUGGAAAGUGUGAAUGGGUAUCCAGCAUUGCAAGAUGUGACGGUCAUGGUUUUCCUUGGACUUGGAUUCCUUUUCGGAUUCCUAAAAAUGUUUGGAUUUAGCGGAAUUGCUUUCAACUUUUUGAAUGCAGCAAUAGGAUUACAGUGGGCCAUUAUUUUAGAAACCUUAAUAUUUAAGAACUCCGGUGAAAUUCAAAGCAUUGGCAUAAACAGCUUAAGAAAAGGCCUAAUGAGCAUUUUUCCCGUCUUAAUCUCAUGUGGCGUAGUCUUAGGAAAAGUGAAUCCUCUACAGUUGGUUGUGAUGACAAUGCUCGAACUACCUAUAUUUACUGCAAACAGAUACAUUAUGAUACAUUAUCUUACGAUGACUAAUCAUAAUAGCAUGAUGCAUGGUCAUAUUUUUGGGGCAUAUUUUGGGCUUGCCGUGUCAUGGUCAAUGAUACCACCUUUAACUGGAAACAAGGCUAGUGAAGAGUAUGAGAAAUCUACACCCAUCUCACAACUUUUUUCCAUUUUGGGAACUCUAUUCCUGUGGAUGUUCUGGCCUUCAUUUAACUCUAUAACAUUGACGGAUCCCCACCAGUUAAGAAACGCUGUCUACAAUACAUUUUUCGCUCUGGCCACUAGCACUGUCACAGUGUUUUCUGUAUCUGCAUUACUGCACCAGGAGGGGAAAUUUAAAAUGGCGAAUGUCCGAAAUGCAAUACUGGCAGGUGGGGUUUCAGCUGGAUUUAUAGCUCAUAUGGUUCAGUAUCCAUGGAUUUCGAUGGUCCUAGGAUUAAUAGCUGGAAUAGUCUCCACAACUGGUUUUAAAUACCUACAGAACACUAUGAAUUUAAUCACAUUGGUACACGAUACAUGUGGAAUUCACUACACUUUUGGAAUGCCAGGACUUCUUGGAGGUAUAGCCUAUACAGUCCUAAUCCUAACGGCAGACAUUGACAUAGCAAUAUCAAGAUUUCAAGCACUAGUUGGUUGUGGCUGUAUCCUUCUAACAUUGAUGCUAAGCCUAGGUGGUGGAAUUCUUACAGGUCUCCUGCUUAAAUGUAAGCUACUGAGGCCACCAAAGGAAUGGCAUUUCUUUCAUGAUCAGUCAUAUUGGGAGUUUCCCCAUGUGGACUCCCAUAUCUGACCAGGAUAACAGAUAACCCCCACAGCUGUCUAUCUUAACAAUGUUUUCAAUCUAUAUUUAUAAUAUAUAAUCAAAAUUGCAACUGGUGGGUUUAAAAUAACAGUGACUAUAAUCUAGACUACAUUAUGUAGGCAUUUUUAUUAAAGACGUUUUCGGCUAAUUUAAAGAGGUUUUCCUCCUUUUACCCACGAGCCACCGCGACCAAUUAGCUGUUUCUGCUGAAGCUCCCAGUGCUGGAGCCAUAACAGCCGAUGGAUCUGGAAGCAGAAUGCUGUGUCGACUAUGUAGUAGCUGUAAUACAAAAUUGGUUAUUUUAGCGGCUCAUCCCUUUUCUUGCUCUGGCUCUAUGACUCACCCCGUCAAACCUAGUUCUAUGUAUUAUUGUACACAGGAAUUCUUCAUUUGGAACUAUCCAGAGACAUCAGAUUCAUGUCAUCCAUAUAUUCAUUUAUUAUAGCUAAUAUACAGCACAAGACAGCUGUCAUAUCCU